UCAGUUUAAACAUCUCUCUCUCUCUCUCUCUCUCAUCUCUCUCCCUCCUCACAAGUCACAAGUCUCAUCUCUCUCUCUCUCUCUCUCUCUCUCUCCAGUUUGAACAGGUCUCUCUCCCUCUCUCUCUCCCGGUCUCUCUCUCCCUCAGUUUCUACAGUUCGAACAUCUACAGCUUCAGCUACAUUUCAUUCGAUGUCGGAGAAUCACCAAAGACUUUCCCGGAUCGCAGCGACAAUUUCUCUCCUACUUCUACUCAUGCUAGCCAUUCCAACAGCUCUCCACCACAGUCGCAUCUCUUUCACCCAUCCACUUGCCUCGCCGCACCGGAAACUCCUCAUCCAUUCCGAACCAUCUGCACCAUCAGCUACAUUGGUGGAACCAGCCAGGGUCUGGGGGGACAAAUGUUCCCGGGCUGAUAUUCUCAUCAAUCAGGGUCCAGCUGCCCCUCUUCCCACCGGGGUACCUACAUACACCGUGGAGAUCAUUAAUGUGUGUGUCACAGGCUGUGAUAUCGCUGAAAUUCACCUCAGUUGUGGCUGGUUUAGCUCCAUUCGUCUGGUGAAUCCACGGAUAUUCAAGCGCCUGAGAUAUAAUGACUGCAUUGUUAACGACGGAAAGCCUCUUGCCAAUGGGCGUACCCUCUCGUUUCAUUAUGCAAACUCUUUCCGGUACCCACUUUCAGUUCAGAGAAUCAAGUGCUAGUGUCUUGGACACAUUAUGAUUUUAUAUAGCUGCAAUAUAUGAGUAUAUAUAGGGGUCCGUAUUGUAAAUGAGAAAUA